GACACGGAUAAAGCCUUACAAGUGUACUGCAUUAGUUCGUGAAAACAUGUUUAUCAUCUGGCGUAAGGGCAUAAAGGAUUGGCAUAUUAUGCAUUGAUUAACUUCUUUCUAAUUAAGCUGAUCAUUGUCCUGUUCAGACGGCUGGGUGGAUAAAAAACAGAAGAGAAAAUCUCCCGACAGGUGAAGCACAGUGUUUUGGUCUGAAGGUUUCAGCUCAAGUGUAGUGAUUCGUGGUGUUCAGAUUGUGUCGAGUUGUAGACUUUGAAGCCAGCGGUUGUGUCCACGGAGAGUGUGCUUGGAGAGUCUAGAUGCAAGCAGACACAUACUAUAGUUACGGGUACACAUGCUUGUCGUUCACCAAUUGUUGUAUUAGGUACACAUGUGUAACCGUUUAAUUUCGUGAAACGGAUAAAAGCAUUUGUAAAAAUUAAUUUGCGUAAGCAGAGGUGGUGUCGGUUGAAUUUCAGUGAAGAAAAAGAAACUGGUGAAAAUUACUUUUCCAACGUACGUUUUUGUGUUAAUGUAAACUUUAGUAAAGGCAUAUGUGAAACUUUUUUUCUUAAGCAGAGAUUUGUUCCCACUGAAUUUCAGCGAAGGACAAAAGGACUUUCAAAAAGCACUUUCCUUGCAUUCGGGUUUGUGUCCUAUACUUUUUUUGGCAAAAAGGGAAAACAAUUUAUGAAACUUACCAAUAAUUGUGAAAGUUAUUCUGAUUUUGAAGAUCAAACAAAUUAAAUGGCCGAUUCGAACGCUGCCUGGUACGAGCAAAGAGACAUCACGGAAAGCUCGGGCUCGAGCGAAGAGGACGUUGUUAAGACGUCCAUCACGGAGCAAGAACUGCGUGCCCUGAUUCAUAGACUAUCCAGACCCACAGUGGCAUCCAGGGCCAAGCGUGCCUUGUUCUGGAAGAUCGACAGUCCCCUGGACAGAAGCAAAGUCGACUGGAACAAGAUGGCCAUGUUUGAUGACAUCCACAGGUGCAUAUGGACGGACCAUGGGUCGCUGAAGCGAACGUGCAAGAUUCGACCCGUUAACAACCAGAUGUGAUUCUUCAAUGUAGAAAUGCAUUUUUGGUUUUCGUUCUGGACAACGAGAUUUUAAAUGUUACGCAUGCUUUAGCAUUUUCCCAUGCUAUGUCAAACAUCCAGAUGUUACAAUGAAGAGCAAUUUCUUUCAGCAAAUAAUAUUUCAAAGCAUUCUUAGCACAUAAUAAUUACGACAGCAGCAUGUAAUUGAAUUGUGAUACUAGUACAAUGCAGGGCCGUUGGAACGAUACGUGAAGUUGGGUAGAGGCACUCGCUACAAACAUUUUAAAAUAUUUUUUUAUGUAAAUGGUAAACCAUAAAAAAGUAAACGUUUUGGGCGGGGGGGGGGGGGGGGUCACAGCCCCCUGAACACCCCGGUUCCUACGGCCAAGCAAUGAACGCUGAGUUGUUAACUGUUUAUGGUUUUGGAGGGACUAUACUGAGUUUGCUGCCAUUGCAAGAUGUUUACAACUAAUAAAAUAUUUUAACAACUAAAAAUGCAUACCGGUAUUAAAUACAGUUUCUUGUU